AUGCGUUUCAGCAUCCUCACUACUCUCGCCUUCAUUGGCCUUUCCGUGGCUGCCAUCCCCUCCGGUGGAAAGUGCAAGCAGGAUGGAAGCUUGGGUAACUGUGAAUCUAAGCUCUGCGUGCAACUGGCCGACGAGCCAUUCGGAAAGUGCAAAUAG